CCAAUUUAUUCAUCUCAGAGGGCAUUGCAAUUCAAUAAUCAAAUAAAUGAUCAUUGUCAAAUAUUGCAGACAACCGAAACUGCUACCAUGUCAUCAUACAUUUUGUUUACCGUGUCUGGAUAAUUGCGUUGAUUUGGUUCGUCGGGUGCUGAAAUGUCCGGAAUGCAGAGCGGAACAUCCGGUACCAUAUGAAGGUGUCAAAAAUUUCCAAUCCAAUUAUACCCUUACAGGUUUCUUGGACAUACAUUUGCAAGCAACAGACGACAAUGCCGCUCAGUUGGAAGCUUACAUCCAGAGGUAUAAUCUGGAACGAUGUAAAAUUUGCGAUGAAAAAGCUGUACUGGACAUUUGCGCCCACUGUGAAAAACGAGCCUGCAGUGAUUGUCGUGCAACACAUCUGGAAAUGUUGAAGCGUGAUCUAACGAGAAUGCUCAACCAGGUGAAACGUUUAUCAAAUCGAAUUACGGAAGCAUCUGAUGGAUUGAGUAAAGGAGCUGAAUUGUUAUCAUUAAACUGUGAAACUACGAAGGAUGAGGUCAGAGAAUAUUUUCGUCGUUAUUAUCGGGAAUUAAAAAAACGCGAAGAAAUGUUUAUCGAGGAAAUCGAAACAUUUAAUGCAACCGAAACUCGACUUAUGCGUAAUUUACGGGAUAUACUUGAAAUCGAAAGUUCGAAUAUGAGCGAAGGCUGUGCAUAUUUAGAAGCAGCACUGAAAGGUGAACGAGAAAUGCAAGAUUCUGAACUGGUGAAACUAAAGAGUGUCUUUUCGGAUGGAUUGGAAUAUUUGAGGAAUUUUCAACCUGAUGCCGACGAACUUUUCUCGAAAAAGUUACGCUUUUCACCUGGUGAUGAUGCCUCAAAAUUACCGACAGCUAUUGCCAGUUUUGGCGAACUCACCGUCAUGCUACCCCAAUUUGCUGGACGCUAUCUUCCGUUGGAACAGUCCUAUUUACCACGUCCGAUGAAAAUUGGUUACGAAUCGGACAACUAUAAGUAUGCCAGUAAACGGGUGGUUGAUUUGGAAGAAGGAGGUGGGCGUCCCCAAAACGACUUUCGCGGUACGGUGGGUCGUUACGGGAUACGUGUUAACGCUGGAGAGGAAGAUAUGAUGUCUAUUCGAUAUCGUCGUCGACAACAGAUGGAAGAAGAAGCCUGGAAUCGAUUGAGAGCGGAAAAAUUUGAUAAUUCUGGCCAGUUAUUAGGUGCUGGUAGUAAUACUGGCACUUCAGGAAGUAUCGGUAGUGGUAUUUGUCAUAAGCCGGGAAAUAGUCCAUGGAGCCGUACCGUAAUUGGGAAUGGUAUGAGUCCAUCUGUUGCUAGUACAAAUGCUAUUACAAAAAAUGAUUUAACAACCGCAACUGCAAAAGUUAUCCCUGAAGGCUUAUCAACUACCACUAUUAGCGAUAGUUCGAGACAGAGUGGUGUUACAACAAAUGAGAACAAUUCAGUAAACAAAUUUUUAGUCGUUCCCAAAGGUGUGGUGUUAAAUGAAGGUCAACCUGCAACGGAAUCAACUGUUACGCUUGUCCAGAACCAAUCAGGAAGUGAAAUUAGGCAAUCGAAUGCUAACCAAACAAGCAAGAUUGUCGAUGGUAUCAAUGCUUUACCGCAAAAUUCGAGAAAUACUUUAAACCACUCACAGCGGUCACUGGAAGAAUCCGUUGGUAAUGCAGCAACAACAGCAUUACAAGCCCGUAAAUCUGCUAAUCAAAGUCAUAUACCGCUACCCUUACCAAUAAACAAUCAUCAAAAUGAAAGCAUCGAUGUCACCCCAAAAUCUUCGGCGACACUGAAAUUUACCAAGAAACCGCCUCUGCCACGACAAGUGUCAGGUGAUGAUACAAGUUUGAAUGAAAAAAUUGAAAACAUCCGUACAGCCCAUGAAAUGCGUCGUGCUACUCGAAUUCAAAAUAUGUCACCGAAGCAGUUGGUACCUUUGAACGGUACUACUGACAACAGCAGUAACAGCAGCAACCGGGACACUAAUACAAGUGAUGAAAGCGAAUGUGAGAACGAACCAAUCCAGCAGAAACAGACCAACAGUCGCUUCCGGAUCAUUUGUCGUAGUGCUUCUGAAUCUAAAGAACCGAUUGUCCACCAACGUCCUGCCGAUCCAAAUCCUCUUUCGUCUGCAAUUCAGGAAACACUUCUAUCGACUGAAAGCGCUGAAGGAUCGUCAUUACCGAUUCCGGUUACACAUUAUCCAGGUGAGCAGUUGCCAUCAUGGUUAUUGAGACGUCGGCAACGUUACCAACGCUCGAAGACAAAUCCUGACCUGAUUUCCGUACUGGUUGCUUUGAACGGCCAACAGAGUAACCUGGCAAACCUGGCAUUCCCCUCUGCUGAUGGUAAUAGUAACAAUAUUAGUCCCAGUACUACUAGCCAGAUACCAUCCUCAAAUAGCCGGGUCCAACAACUCCUUUUGGAACGCUCCAGCCGUUUGGCCGGUAGCGGUCUAUUAGUGCGCCAAGAUAGCGAAACCAGCGACAUGGCGGUGAUAGCUACUCCGUCUUUACCGAGUCAAGAUCGUCGAUCACGAUACCGUAAACGAUCCAGUAUUGCUUUGGAUGGCGAAACCUCCUAUGAUGGUCGUCUGUUCCAAGCUCCACGUUUCAUCUGUACUGUUGAUUACGUGGCAAAAGCAAAACCAAAACUGGUGUUUGGUAAAAAAGGUUCCAAAGAAGGAGAGCUUAAUUGGCCACGUGGUCUUGCCGUCUUAGGCGGUAACGAAUUUGCAGUAUGUGACAGUAGCAAUCAUCGCAUCUGUAUAUUUAAUACAGGUGGACGUUUGUUAAGGAUGUUUGGAAAAUACGGCAGCGGUGACGCACAAUUAGACAGUGCUGCUGGAAUUUGCUGUAGUCGCUACAAACAUCUAAUUGUUUCCGAUCGUUAUAAUCAUCGAAUCAUGAUUUUUGAUCAAAAUGGGCAUUGCGUGAAAAAAUUUGGUGGACAUGGCCCAUCGAGCGGUCGUUUCAACAAUCCAUGGGGUGUAGCCGUGGAUGAUAUGGGAAUGAUCUACGUUGUGGACAAGGACAAUCAUCGUGUCCAAAUGUUCGAUAGCAAGGGACAAUUUGCUGGCAAAUUUGGUACAAUGGGCCCAGGAAUUGGCCAAUUUCAUCAUCCACAAUUCAUUGCUGUUAAUAAGCGGACACAAAAUAUUUAUGUAACAGACAGUUCGAAUCAUCGAGUUUGCAUCUUUGAUCACAAUGGCAAUCCAAUCUUUCAAUUUGGUUCCGAAGGAUACCAAAACGGCCAGAUGAAAUUCCCACGUGGAAUCGCCGUUGAUGAUCAGGGUUUCAUUAUCGUAGCUGACAGUGGUAACAAUCGUGUACAAAUUUUCUAUCCGAAUGGUCGUUACAUGCAUAGUUUUGGUACAUGGGGUAAUGCACCUGGACAACUUAAAGGUGUUGAAGCGGUUGCACUCAUUGAUACCACAAUUGUUGUUUCCGAUCGUGAAAAUCAUCGUAUACAAUUGUUCUAA